AUGGGUAUAAUGCGUCACACUUUUGGGGAACUUCGUCGUUCCGCUUUUGUGAACUGUUUUCCCCAACUGUUUGAGACGAUGAUGAAGAGAAAACGUGCAGCGACGGAAACGAUGCAGAGGACUCGCUGCUCUUGGUGCACGAAAGACACGCUCUACGAAACCUACCACGACUCGGAGUGGGGCAAAAAAGAAACGAGCGGAAGGAAACUGUUCGAGUCCGUGUGCUUGGAAGGACACCAAAGCGGCUUGUCUUGGCUGACGAUACUCAAGCGAAGGGAGAAGUAUCGAACGGCGUUUCAUGGUUUCGACGCGGAAAAGAUGGUAAACUUGAACGCUGAAGAUUUAAUGGACACGUGUGGAUUGAUAAACCAUAAGGGGAAGAUUCAAUCUUCGAUUAACAACGCGAAAGCGCUGGUGAAACACUUCGGGAAAGGCAGAGAUGGUGAGAAGAAGUUCAGUGCUUUCCUUUGGUCGUUUGCGAAGAGGAAAGAGGAAAGACGAGCGAGGCGAGCGAAUGACGUGUGCGAGACGAAGACGAAAGAAAGCGAAGCGAUGAGUAAAGCUUUGAAAGCAAAGGGGUUUAGUUUUGUCGGCGCGACGACGAUGCAUGCUUUGAUGCAAAGUGCAGGAAUGGUUGACGACCACGACGCGGGAUGUUUUCUGCACGCGUCGAGGACUGCGCCUGCGAAAGAGAGAGCGAAAUCCACGUCCACGAUAGCAGAAACGGUUUAA